UGUGGCCCAGUAGUACCGGCACCGUCAUCCCACACAGUCUGUCUCAACCUUCCAUGUGCAUGUCUUGUGGUUUACCUUGUUACCCCAUUGGUGAAUGUGCUGGUAGUGUGGGAUUUGGUGGCAUUGGUGGUUUCCAUCAUUUGCAGAGCGUGUCUUGCCAUUGCACAACACCUGCUGUAGGAUCUAGCUUAUUUAGCAUGUCAUGUCCUGUGUCCCCAACCUUACCAGUGCUACCCAGUGAAUCCUUCUAUGUGAGCAGGCCCUAUGCUAUCCUGACAAAGUAUAUAACUAAUAUGUACAGAAGGAAAAUCAUUACUAAGAAACUUUUAAGACAGUUAGCCGGAGACCAAGAGGAUGUAAAUGUAUUGUACUUAGUUCAGUUACGGAGACACAAAACAGAGUGUUCAAUAAAAACGGGUGAUGAGUCUAGUAAUGAUUCUGAUCUUGAGUCAAAGCACCAAGAGAUGAAAAAGUUUAGUUGCUCAGAAGAAAAAUCUGACACAAGUGAGUCUUCCAGUGAUGGUGGUUACUGGGUCGGAGAAGAACCAGAGAAUCGUCUAGGUGUCCUUUCACCCAUUCCAAAGAAAAAACAGUACCCUUUCCCUAACAUUUCCAGCACAGCUUCCAGCAACCUUCAGAAAUGGAGAUAUCAAACAAGAUUAACAGAUAAAAGAUUUAAUAGUUCCAUUUCCAGUUCAGGAGAAUCAGGUGUUUCCACAGAUGGCAGUAACCCUUAUGGAUAUGUCAGAUAUUACAACCCAGAAGAUUCUAGCAUUGCUUCUUUUAAAGGGGAAAAUUUGCAUUUUGAAGGAAGUGCCAAACGUUGUACGUACACCAAGCCGUACGGUGUCCAGCAAGAUUACUUUAUUAAUGACAACAGAGGAGAAAAAAGUUCUUCGUGUGAUGAAUAUUAUUAUUGUCUUCCUCAUGGAAAGUGGCCAACGCUAUCCUCAAUACCAGGCGGUGAGAACUACAGUAGUGAAGAGACUGGUUUAGCACAAUUUGGUAAAGAUUCCCAAUUUGAAGAAGUGAAUAUAGCAAAGGAUGUAACGAAGAGUGACUGCUUAAUAGUGAGACCAACUUAUAAAUUUUUUAAAGUUUAUUCUGGUGGUGCCAGACGUGACUCAGAAUGUAAUGUCAUAGAGAACAGUGCUGACCCUUAUAUGUGCACUGGUCUCUCUAGCUCCAGAUCUCUGCCCAUGAUUAGUUCAAAUUUAGUAUUACAAGGUAAGGAUGAUGGCACCCUGUUAAAGACUACCCAUUCAUCAACUCUAAAUAUCCCUGCUAUACCUAUGAUCCUUCCCAGCUACCUUGUAGCUGAAUCUGAUGGGGAGUUAACAGAGAGCUCACCAAAUGUUUGUGAUAGAACUAUUUAUGAGUCUUCAAUUUCAUCAGAUGAUGUUUUGGGACUUGAGGGAGUAUUAGAUGAAUCAGGGGAUCGCAAAAAAGUAUAUCCCUUUAAAACAAAAUCAGACGUUGCCUAUUAUGUAUCUUCUUGUAGUGGUGAUGAGACGGGAGAAGACAGAGUUGAUUACUAUGAAAGCCACAGAAAGCAAGUACCCAUCAAUUCACCUCUCUCCCGAAGUGAACCAAAUUUGUGGAGAAGAAUCCCAUCAACUAGACGACAGUCGGAGACUCCCAAAUAUUCAAGCCAUUAUGUGCAACUGGUGCACAGUGUGGAGAAUCCUGCUAAAGUAUGUAAUUGUGAAUCUCACAGCCACAGAUCAUCAGACUCAGGUCUUGCUGAUGUCAUACACCAUCUUGAGUGUUGUCCACUGAGAAGUGAAACCCCAGGAUUCGGCCGUGGUUCAAGCAUAUCCCGUUGUUCUCACUCUUCGCAAUUUUCUAAUAUUAAGUCUUCACGAAGUGCAUCAUCAUGCCAGGUUCGCCCAUUCACUCCAGACUGUGGUGCAGAUGGAGACAGCUUAUUGGUAACGCCAGUUACAACUCCUUACACUUCUGCCUCUGUGUCAUAUGCAGAAGAUUCUCUUUCUUCUCUAAUGGAUUCAGUCACAUUAGAUCAUUCAACAUCUGCACAUGAGCUUAGUUACACAAGUUACUCAGAACCCACCAGUGAAGAGGCAGUGUUUCGUUCUGGGUUGUAUGCCCACUGGUGGAUGAAGGCAAGUGUUUGUCCUAAGGCAAUAAUUCUAGACAAAUCCAAAAAAGAUUUUCUACGAUUCAGAACAGACAAGAAGCCAGAUGUUCCCCCUAAACCUAAAUUUCUUAAGCCAUCUUAUCAUAUACGGAGAGGUGGGACAAAAAGGACCAUCACCAAACCUGCUGCUAGAUCUGCUUCAACUCAAACUAAUUUUACUCAGUCAUCUCAGUCAGUGAAAUUACAGAUCAUGCCUCCUGUUUCUUCAUCAUGUUUAAAACAUAAUGUGGUCAGCAGCUCUAAGUCUGUCCAGUCUCAGGGUGAUCAGUCAGUAAGACCCAAGCUCAGGAAGAUAUCAUCUCACUUGAGUCCCCAAACUUCUGUCACCAUGUCAAGAGAUCGUAGUUUUGAGUCCCAGGCAUCACAGAUAUCUCAAGUGACGGUGAUUCCAAGAAUUUAUAGUGAAAGAGAAGUCACUAGCUCAGAGUCUCAGGGAGACCAACUGACUGUACCACUGAGAGCAAACUUAAAUACCUUGAAAAUUCAAUCAAAUUUUUCACAAGAGUCAAGUGGAACCAGUGGAAAUUCCUGCACUGAACUUUCAAGUCUCCACAGCUUUAGUGAGUCAUGUGAACGAGAUGGCAAUCCUCCUCAUCUGCGGGAUUCUUCAGAAGGGCUUGAUGUUGAUUUCCAUCGUAGAGCAUCAUCCCAUUCUCUGCAUGUUGAUGUUGCUCCUUCAGAUGCAUUCAAGUCUACUUUAUAUUGCCAUCUACAACCUAUCCCAUGUAUUAGUACUCAGAAGUCCAACUCAGGAAUCUUGAAGACUGAUAGUGGACCUUCAGCACCAGGAGUUUCCAGUUCUUCAAGAGAUGAGUGUCUUGAAAAACCCAGUCUUCCUCCCAAGCCUCCUCAUCUGCAACCCUGGCCCAUCAAGAGGUCCAAGAGUCUUCCCAAACUGCCCCUGUCAUCCAUCUCCAUCCACAACCAAAGCAAGGACUUCGCCAGUUAGGUGUACCCUUGGCUGCUCUUUUAUAUUUGUCCUGCUUGAGGUGCAGUCACUUAUCACUGCUCUGGAGGUAAACAUGUUUUUAGGCCACCGUUGAUGAUUUCAAGGUGUGCCCAUCUAACUCACAACACUGUGACAAGAGUUUGUACAGUAAAGAUAUUCAUAUUACUAGUUUUGAAUACAGUAAACUGUAUAUUUAUUGAUUUAAAUUUGGUUUAAAAUCACUGGUUAUAUGUUUUUUCAGACAAUUUAAUUGCUUGUUAAAGUAAAUAAGGUUAUUUACUUGGAACCCUUUGCUGUUGCAGCUCUUGUGAUGUUUGCAAUUUUUCAUAUGUAUAGUAGUACGUCGCUUUACAUGACUAAUUAUUGCAUAGGAUAGUCCAGAGCAGCGGACAACAUGUUAUAACAAAGCUUUUGCCCUUCCCAACCACCUCCAAGUACAGUAUAACCUUGAACUAUAAGGGACAGACACUUGUUACAUAUUUAAAAUUCACAUAAACGCUAUAAAUUUUUUAAUGUUCGCUAAAACAUAGCCUAAGUUAAUCACAGUUGUCUUAAUAUCUUCAUAAACAUUUAGCAGUAAUAUAUGGACUAGACACCAGUUAACAGUACUGUAAAACUGGGAGGAUCAAGUACAGUGAGUUAAUUUGCCAAAAUGUGUACUGUACCUUCAUAGGGCAGUCAUACGGUCACCAGUAACACUGAAAGGAUACUCACCUCAGAUUUAGAAAUGCUUAUCAGCGGUCAUCUUGCGUAAUUCAUCCGCAACAGUUAACUAAUUGGAGACACAAUUAGCUUCCAUUCUUGAGUGGACAUGCCUUUCUCCACCACUUGAACUAUCUUCACUUUAUGUACAAGAUAAAGUCUUAAUAUGGAUAUUUGACCUCCACAAGUACUUCACUUUAUUCAAUGAAACUACUUUAAUCAAGUAUAGGGUAUAUAACUUUCCUCCCAUUGGAUGGCAUGAGUGUGUAAGGUUGGCAGUGGUGAGAGAGGGAGGCAAGGGUGACCUCUCUCCCUCACAGCUCCCAACCCUACUUAUGUAACAUACUCCAUUCAUUAUGGUGAAAAUUAUUACAUUUAUUUACUUCAUAAAGUUUCACUGAAUAAAAUUAAUGACAUGGGAGAUUAUUGGACAUAUUAAUAUCUUGUUUUAUGUGUAACAUUAAUAAUGCUGCUCAAUAACCUACCUGCUUCAGUUGUGCCCAACACAUAACUUUACCACUAACCACAGUAAUGCAGUGUACUGUACAGAAACUAAGGGCUUUAUAUGUACAAUAAUGUCUUGCCAGUACUCUAUUUUACUGAGUAAAACUAUAAAUCAAACUAAUUGUAUGAUUUUCACUGUAUUGAAUGGUGUUGACUAUAUAUAAAUCUUUUCAGUAUUUGGUAGCACACCAAUUGUGUCUGUCAAAUGCACACAUAUAUACAGCCUCACCAAUGAUCUCUUGUAAUGUACAGUACAGUAUUGUAUACUCACUAGUACAGUAUAGUAUCCCUCCUGCGCAUUUGUAUUACACUAAUAUUUUAUUAUAGUGCAUAAAUGACUACUGUACAGUAUUUUGUUCUGUAAACUCACCAGAAAAGAUGUCGAGAUAAUUUAUUUGAUCAGCAGUCUUUACUAUACGGUGCUGUAUUUGGUAACCCGAUUGUUUUGUGUCCUACCUCCGUACACAUACAGACUUGAUACAGUUUGCAGACGUUCACUCCAUUGUUAUCAUCCCAGUUUUACAUUGUUGGAGGGUAAUAAACAGAGACUCUCCCAGUUCAGUCUUAGAGGUGUCCAGUAACUCGGCGUACUACUCUGAUAGUGUGUUCAAAAAAAUAUUGAACUUUAAAAAGAUAUCAAAUUGUAUGUUUUGAGGUGAAUAAUAAUAGUGAAAUUAGACUUUGAAUAUAUAAUUGUAAUACUUACUACUUGUUUCUACUGUAGUUAUUAUAUAAAAUAGGUGAGUUUGAGGAAGUGAACUGACCCCAAGGUUAUGUAUUGUUGUGAUCUAUUGUACCACUUCUAGUUAGUGUGAUAUAGUAUUGUACUUAUUAUCACAUAUCUUUUGUGUGCAGUAUCGAAUAUGUCAAGUUCAGUACCAGACAUAGAACUGACUUCCAGAAUGCACUGAUCUGUUUCUCCAGGUACUGGUUAACUGGACACUAGAUGACGAUGUUGUGGGUAUGUUUGUGUUAUUUAUUGGUUAUGAAUCUCUUCAUGUAUUCCAUAUAUAGAUUUCCAAGUGUAAUAUUUAGGCUUACACUGGAAUUUCUGUUUACCAGUUCCUGGAAAGACAGUUUUGCUUGUAAAAUAAAGUCUGUAGUUAAGAGGAACAGCAUUGUGACGUGAAGUAAAGUCUUGGGUGAGGUCACUUGUGCUCUUGGGCAUACCUGCAGAUACUGGCUAGGUACCUUGCUUCCCCGAUAUUGACAUUUUUAUCCCAUUGCACUCUACUGGCUAUGCAUGAAUGAAUCUGAGGAGACCCUUUUAUUAUUUAUAAUUGUGUUUAUCUUUACUCUGUGUUGCAGUUGUUGUCCAUUCCCAAUGUAUUAGCAUUAAUAUUGUGUGACAUUUGUGUAGCCAUAGCUUCACUUAUUUUUAAUGCACUGCUGCUAGAUGACUUGUAAGUAUACCUUUAACUAUUUUUAUGGUUGUAAAAUCAGGUGAUGCAUAAUUUUAAUUUUAGAAGUUAUGAGAUGUAUAGAUAUAUGUACCAUUGUUGCUUAUUAAAUUAUAAUAUUAAACGAUUGAAGUGUUGAAAAAUAUUACAAUGUAAAUGCCCAUGACAACAUACAUAUUAAUAAAUGUCAAGAUACAAAAUAAUUUGAUAUAUGAUCCAUGUUGUAUAAUUAAGAUACUGUUUAAAAACAAGAGUAAGGAAGGUAAUGAUGAGUGUGUAC